GUUAGACAGUUCGAACAUAACCUAAAGUUUUGUUAUAUUUCGGGUGCAGACAAUAAGUAUUUGUAAUUUUUUAUUUCUAUUGAAAUUAGAUUUUAUUAAAUUAUAAAAUUUUAAAUGAUGGCAGGCUCUGCCUUAAGACGUUUAAUGGCUGAGUAUAAACAAUUGACUGUAAAUCCUCCUGAAGGAAUAUUAGCUGGGCCAGUUAACGAAGAAAAUUUUUUUGAAUGGGAAGCUUUAAUUACGGGACCAGAAGGUACUUGUUUCGAAGGUGGUGUUUUUCCUGCAAAGUUAGUUUUUCCACCCGACUAUCCUCUAAGCCCACCUAAAAUGCAGUUUACAUGUGAAAUUUUUCAUCCAAACAUAUAUUCAGAUGGUCGGGUAUGUAUCAGUAUUUUACACGCACCUGGUGAUGAUCCCAUGGGAUACGAAAGUAGUGCCGAAAGAUGGAGUCCAGUUCAAAGCGUUGAAAAAAUUUUAUUGAGCGUUGUAAGUAUGUUAGCAGAACCAAAUGAUGAAAGCGGGGCAAAUGUUGACGCAGCAAAAAUGUGGAGAGAAAACAGAACAGAAUUUGAAAAAAUAGCUCAAAGAUUAGUUCGUAAGACUCUUGAUCUUCCUGUAUAAUAUUUUGUAGUAUCGAACAUUUUAAAU